GUCCGUAUUUAUGUGGAUGCUGUCAUCAACCACAUGUGUGGUGUAGGAAAUGCCCCGGGAACAAGCAGCACUUGUGGAAGUUACUACAACCCUAACAACAGGGAAUUUCCAGCAGUUCCGUACUCUGCUUGGGAUUUUAACGAUGGAAAAUGUGAUGCAGAAAUUAAUAACUAUAAUGAUGCUAAUCAGGUCAGAAACUGUCGUCUGACUGGCCUUCUUGAUCUUGCCCUUGAGAAAGAUUAUGUUCGCACCACGAUUGCUAACUAUAUGAACAAUCUCAUUGACAUUGGUGUGGCAGGGUUCAGACUUGAUGCUGCUAAACACAUGUGGCCUGGAGACAUAAAGGCAGUAUUGGAUAAACUAAACAAUCUGAAUACAAAAUGGUUCUGUCCAGGAAGUAGACCUUUCAUUUUUCAAGAGGUAAUUGAUCUGGGUGGUGAGGCAAUUUCAAGCAGUGAGUACUUUGGAAAUGGCCGUGUGACAGAAUUCAAGUACGGAGCAAAACUGGGCACAGUUAUCCGCAAAUGGAGUGGAGAGAAGAUGGCUUACUUGAAGAACUGGGGAGAAGGUUGGGGUAUGGUGCCUACCGACAGAGCCCUUGUCUUUGUUGAUAACCAUGAUAACCAGCGAGGACAUGGGGCUGGAGGCGCAUCCAUUUUGACCUUCUGGGAUGCUAGAAUGUACAAAAUGGCUGUUGGAUUCAUGCUGGCUCAUCCUUAUGGAUUCACAAGAGUCAUGUCAAGCUACCGUUGGGAUAGACAGUUUGUGAAUGGAAAUGAUGUUAAUGAUUGGAUUGGACCACCAAAUGACAACGGUGUAAUCAAACAAGUGACCAUUAAUGCAGACACCACGUGUGGAAAUGGCUGGGUCUGUGAACAUCGAUGGCGUCAAAUAAGGAACAUGGUUGCCUUCAGAAAUGUAGUUAAUGGACAGCCUUUUGCAAACUGGUGGGACAAUGGCAGCAACCAAGUAGCUUUUGGAAGAGGAAACAAAGGAUUCAUUGUCUUUAACAAUGAUGACUGGUCACUGUCAUUAACUUUACAAACUGGUCUGCCUGGGGGCACAUAUUGUGAUGUCAUUUCUGGGGAUAAAAUCAAUGGCGAUUGCACAGGAAUUAAAAUCCAAGUUUCUGGAGAUGGCACUGCUCACUUUUCUAUUAGUAACUCUGCUGAGGACCCAUUUGUUGCCAUUCAUGCUGAAUCAAAAUUAUAAAAUUCAAAUAAACAUCUAGAGAUUGCACUAAU